UCGAUUGCUCGACUUACUUUUCAUAACAGCAUUUUUCACUCGCUUGACUUGAUUUGGAAAGAGUAUAUCAAUGCCAUAUUUGAAAUCAAAUGAGUACACUGCAGCUAAACAUUGAUUUCAAAACUAACUAUGAAUCUCACUGUUUGUAUGAAGUGAGUAAACUCAUGCUGUUGUCUGCCUCGGUGACGUGUUGAACAUUGUUUCAUCACCUGCUGGCGAGGUAGCAACGCCACCGUUGAUUGUGUCGGUUAGUCACAGCAAAGGUGAGAAAUUCAUCAGCACACCGACAUUAUCCCCACUCUAAGGAUCGGGCCUGAAAAUGUCAACCGGAAUUAAAAUCCGUGGCAAUGCUUGUUGGUUCUUGGGAUUUCAAACAGAUGCGUAUUUCCGUAUCACAAUUGGAGUUGUUGUCUGAGCAAAUUCAGUUGAAAGCUCCAUCAUUUGUGGUCACUACCAUCAAUCAAAACAAACACAUCCACGCGCAUUUAUAUCCAAUGGUGUUUAUUUACACCUUAGAAAUAUUUUCGAAUGUUCAUAAAACUUUGAUACUUCGUACAUACCCAGCCAGCAAGAAAACAUACAUUUUACGAACUUUUUAUCCACGACUUUUCAUCCAGUUUCUCUUCAAGAAAAUAUCCAGUUACGAGCUCGUUUACGAUGAUUUUGUUGGGUGGGUCUACAAAACGUCUAACAGCUAUGAUUGUGUCGCCCUUGCUUCUUUAUCGACUGCGCUAUUAAUAUUGUGGACUUUAUUGAAACUCUUUUUAGGUAUGUGCAUAUUUAACUAAAUUGUCCCUGUCAUGUGGGCAAGUGAUUUAAAUUAUGCACGCUUAAAAUAAAUACAUAUAUAAGCACGAGUG